ACUAGCUAGCUAGCUAGCUAGCUCCUUAAUUUGUUAUAUAAUCUAAGCAAUCUGAGACACCUAUGGGUACCCAAGCAGUGUCAAACCAGGCUGCAGCAGGCCAUCGUCAUCACCAGCACCAGCAGCAAGAACAAAUUGUGGUUGAUCCUUUCACAAGUUACUCAAACUACUUAUUGCUGCCUGAGAAGCAUCCACCUAAUUCAUCAUCUUCCCUUGUCAUCACUACUACUGCCAAGCUCCACCGGAUGGACUGCCACGAUCUUCAUCAUGAUCAUCAGUACUUGUCUUCGGAGGAAGUGAUCCGAAUCGCCGGAGCAAGGUACCUCAGCAGAUCUACUUCAUCAUCAUCUUCUCAUGAUGACUUGUCCAACAUGUUGACUUGUAAUUCUGACGACGAGGUUUCCCAAGAAGCCAUGAAAAUGGUGGAUCUGGUGGAGAACCUUGUAGCCGCCUCCGAUAGAGUAGCCCGCAACGACUACGACCAAGCCGCCGCGCUUCUCAAGGAGUGCAAGAGGUCCUGUUCCGCAGCAGGAAACGCCAUCCAGAGGUUGGUUUUCUAUUUCUCGGAAGCCCUGCAAGAAAGGAUGAUCAAUUCGCAAACCCCACGCCCACCAGCUGGAGGUUGGUCUUCAUCUUCAUCUAGUGUAGAUAGGCACAUCCAUCAGCUAGCGAGUUGCCUUCCGAUGGGCGUAGCAUCACAAUUCGCCGGGGUACAAUCCAUCGUGGACGAGGUCACCACCGGGGGGCCCAAAAGGAAAAGGGUUCACAUCAUCGACCUCUCCCUCAGAAACGGUGCUCAAUGGACCAUCCUCAUGUCGGCCCUAGCUGCUUCUUCCUCUCCACCUCAACGUCUCAAGAUUACUGCCGUCGGGUCUCAGCUGGAUGAUUCUAGUUCUAGUUCUAGGCAGAAGCAGAUGAUGGAGGAAACGGGGAACAGGCUAGCCAGUUUCGCCGCGACCUUGAACAUGCCCUUCUCCUUUCACAUAGUCAUGGUAUCAGAGCUCUCCGAUCUCAAGGUCCACAUGUUAGGCCUGCAUGCUGACUACGACGAUGAAGAAGAGGAGGAAGCCGUGGCGGUGUACUUGGAUUACGUGCCGAGGAAGCUGAUUAGGUCACCAACCGAAUUCGACAAACUCAUGGGAACGAUCAAGAGCAUAGAUCCUGAUGUGGUGGUGGUGACCGAGGUGGAGGCCAACCACAACUCCCCGGCGUUUGGGUCCCGCUUCAUGGAGGCGCUCUACUUCUUCAACGCCUACUUGGACGCGACCCAGGCCUACUUCGAUCAUGACUGCAACUGCAGGAUGGCUGUGGAGUCGGUGUACUGUGGGGAGAGCAUAAGGAACAUUGUGGCCUGCGAGGGGGAAGAGAGGGUCGUGAGGAACGUGCCACUUCGAGCCUGGAGGCUCUUCUUCAAGAGGUUUGGAAUGGUGGAAGUUGAGAUGAGCUCGUCUUGCUUCCACCAGGCCAGGCUUGUCAUUCACAAUCACAAUAUUAUUAAUGCUGGGUGCCGGGAUUUGUGUACGGUGGAGAGGGAUGGUGACAAGAGCUUGGUUCUUGGAUGGAAAGGCACUCGCCUGCAUUCGGUUUCUGCUUGGAAGUUCACCACAUAGAUCCAACACGUACGGAGGGAGGAUUAAUUAGUCAUGCAUGUACGUGUUUUAAAUUUGGUAAUUAGCUAGAGAUCAACAUCAUAUGCAUUCAUGCAUAUAUGUCGAGUUAAUUAAGCUAGCGGAGAAGAUGAAUAAAAUGUAGCUAGCUAGGUUUAUGUUAUAUAGGUAAUAUAUCUAUACGUAACGUAUGAAUUUACAUACUGAGUGGAGUUUUUCUGAAGAUGAAGAAGAAGCAAGGGUUUAUGAUUUGUGCAAUAUUGGCAAAGGGAGACAACGUAGUGAACCAGUUGAUGUUGGUAAUUAAGCCAUAUGGAUGAUGAAUGUUGAUUUUAUUAAUCACGAGUUUGAUGGAUAAAUUCUAUAUUGCCUUUUUCAUUUUGAAAAAAAAGCUCCUCAAAUUUAAGAAAAAUCCACAAACGAAUACACAUGUAUAAAAAAUUAAACCUUAUCAAACCACUCUCCAAAUCACAUGCCCGCGCGCCUUGAUAAUGGUACAUAUGGAUAUUGUAAAUGAAAGAAAUCUUCAAUUCUAAUAUUGAAAUAUAUGUCUCCUUCAUCCCCUCCCCCGAUUACCUCAAUUUUUAAGCUGAUUAUUAGAUUGUUAAAUCUUUUAUUUUAGAAUAUGAGAUGUCUAAAGGACAUCUCGAGCUGGUAUAUAUGGAAUACUAUAAGGCCAAUGACUAUAGUAUCAUACAAUAACCAAUAAUGCAUCUUAAUCUCAUGGAGACCUAAAGCUUAUUGCAUUCCCAAUAGACAUGAGAGAUAUCAACCUCCCAUUGUUGUUGCAUGAGCUUGUGAAACUCUUGUAUCAAAUUGUGGUAUCUGCUAUUACUUUCUGUUUGCUUUGUCAUUAAGAGUGAGCGGGUUUAAGGAGUCAAUCCGGAGUUGGAUUUUCCUGUGGCCUUAACUCCAUGCUAGCUGCAAUUCGUAGAGUACUCUUUUUUGACUUUGUCCUUGUAAUAGUACAUGUUCCAAGAUUCGUCAUGAAGGGUCACAAGCAUCGACCCAAAUGGUCUCUAAUUAGUAAAAGAUUUAGUAAUUGUACAUUAGUUGGACUAAUUAGAGACCACAUGUGGACUUUGAACUGUGUUGUAAAACAGAGCCAUCAGUGUUGGUCGUAACCCAUCCGAGCAUAGGGGGCACGAUUAAUUACUAAAUCUUUUAUACAUCAAUGAAUCUACCAAUAAAUGGUUCAUAUUUUGAAUAUCUCCAUAACUUGUUGUAAUUUUGAUGAAUAAAAGCUCAUUGUUAUAUGGUUGACUUCGAUGAGCUUGUCGAUCACAUAAUUGAUUAGAUCUAAAACUCCCAGCAGGUGAACAAGAAUAGCCCUUUUGUAGAGGAGACAUGAAUUGUCUCCUUUCAAUCAACAGAAUUGCUAGAUCCAAAGCGAUCAUAUGUAUAAGUAACAAACAAAACCACACACCGGCAAAAGAAAAUGUAUAUGUUUGACAAUUGGCACAACGUAUUUAACCCUUCUUUUGUAUAUUUAGCGUUGACAUUAAUGGAAAAGGUCAACUGGAGAUAGAUCGCUAAGCUAGCUACUAUAUUAUAUUAUAUUAUAUUAUAUUAUAUUAUAUAUUGAUGGACGUGAUGAUUUAGGAUAUCAGCCAUAUAGCGAGGAACUCGUUUGACUUGCCAAAUUAUUAUUCUCGUUUCUUGUUCCUAUUCUUCUGCUAUUGUUUUGAUAGUUAAUUAAUUAGAUGCAUUAGUUCCAUCGAAGAAAUUAAGUCAAAUAAUAUUGUAUCCCCUAUACAUGCAUGUGUGUAAUUUGUUUAUACUACAAAAAUAUAUAGUCCAAAUGAAAGCAAAAUUGGUUUUGUCUAAUUGCGACAAUAGCAUAAUUUAGGGUUAGUGAUGAUGAUGAUGAGUUGUAUAUAAGGUAAGGUAGACACUUGUGGGCACCAGCUACAGCUAGCUAGCUGCAAUGCAGGACGACCAUUGGAAAAACUUGUUACAGUAAUCUUUUGUUGGGUUUAGGUUGAAGUAGUAUUUUAUUGAUUUGCUCAUUUUUUUUAUACGAUACGAUACGAGUAGAGUAGGUAAGAAAACAUACAAUAUGAAAAUUUUGAAAAUAUAAUAUUAUAUGGAUCGAAAUGGAGGGGUAUUAUUUACUUAAAAGAAUCUUCAUCUACCUAACCAAAUAUUUGAUCAUGAAAGUUUUGAUUCAAUUGAGAAGAGUAAGUGUCCACAUAAACGUACUGGACUUAAUUUAUUACUAGCCUGUCUGGAAAGCCCAACCCAAAUUGAUAUUCAGUUUUAACUACACUGGACGUCGUGGGCCCAAAAGGUUGAGCCCACAUAAACGGUUGACGGCUUCUUUAUUCCCCAAAAACAGACCUCACAUUACGGGUCCGUUGCUCCAUUCCCAAUAUUCACGGCCCAAUUGAUCCAUUUUUGCUCUCUAAUUUAUUUUUCCAACAAGUUUUAUUUUCAUAGAUGGGCUAAAACAUAGAUACUACAAGACACUUAAUGAUCAGACGCAACAGUCGUUAACUAGUCGAAUUUUCAAUGAAAGUGCAUUAGUAGGAACUAAAAAAAGGACAAGCCUGUUGUACAAUUUAUAAGUAAUUAAAACUGCAAGCAAAAGAAACAAAAGACGUCGCAUCCAAGCAUAUCUCCUCCAUGAGCAACAACUCGCUCAUGGAUAAUGACUCCAUGAUAAAUAGAUCAGUAAUACGUAACUGGGCAAUGCUUGCUGAAAGCAAAGAGGAGCUCACUGUGUUAAUUAAAAGAAACCAGCAAAGCCAAUGCCACCUAUAUAUCCUGCGGUCGAAUCCUUGGCUGGCAUGCAUGUGUCGUUGAUCUGCAGGGGAACUAGAAGCCUCAUUACCCAGCUCUAUGAACUAUGAAGAGUCAGGGGAGUGGGAGCAGCAAUUACCCAGCUCUAUGAACUAUGAAGAGUCAGGGGAGUCGAAGCAUAUAUGCUGCUCCCACUCCUCAACCUCAACCUGUGCCAUGAACUGCCGAAAUAGUGCAGGCCCUCUGUAUUGAAUGUGUUUGUGUAACAACUCCUAAAUCCUAAAUUUCUAAUGGCUAACACUAAAAGAGAGGGGCUGAAAACUCUUUUUUAUGAUAUCCAGUUCCGUGCAAAGUUGCCCACACUACAACAUCAUAGUUGAGAUCGUUAGCGUUGGAUUAUAGAGUAUCUCGAUCUUCAUAGAAUCUAAUGUUAUCAUCGGUGGGCCAUUCGUUAUCUAUAGGUUUACACGUGAUUCACGCGCCAAAUACUACACUUUAUAUAUCUUACUUGUAUGACAACAUUGGGGUUACAAGUUUUUGAAUUAAGGCUGAGGUGCAAUUGAGCGACGAGUUGGGGUGAGGGUGGGGCUCACUUCAGAAUUUGAUGUGGAUGGAAUAAAUGACUCAUAUAUUGUAUAUAACUCUAGGUGAGUAGGGUUCCGUGAGUAGUGAUUGAAUAAUUGAUUUUGUUGAUUAAUUACGAUCGGUAGAAGCUUAUAUAGGUCAUAGUAGAAGGUAGGUUUAAUAAACGGGGUGGAUUCAUAAUGUUAACUAACAACUUACAACUAAUAACGUCAUACUAAAUGAAUCGUUUAAGAAUCACCUACUCGUAAAAACUUACUAGAGAUGAAUUAGGACCAGUUUGAUGAGUUCAAUCAUCCACUAUACCUCCCAUCCCAUGUCAAAUCCACCGCAUAAAAAUUAUGUUGUUGCCUAAAAUACCACCAACGAACCAAACGUUUUCCACCCACCAUUUGUUCAAGCAAUAAUCCAUAAUGAUAUCCACUGAAUAAUUUCACUGCAACUUAGUGAAUGAUAAUCAUUACAUGUAUUGAAUAUAUAUAUAAGAUUAAAGGUCCACUGUCCACACGUAUCAUUUCACAGUUGAUAUAAUUAAUUUAAUCACAAGUGUGUGUGAUCCUUAAUAAAUGUCUCCUUUGAUUCAAUAGGGCUUUUCCGUGGUCAAACAUGAUUCAUGAGCUCUUAAUCUCCAACUGCACCAUAUAUACUCUAGCGCUACGUUUCUUCUUCGAUGGCGUCCUUUGAUCUGUUCUUCAUUGGGCUUGUGGAUCAAUUCAUGAUAAUGAUAAUUAUAAAUUAUUCCAUUUGCGGGCCCAAAUGAGAAUAAAAUCUCAUGAAAUCUUCACAAAGGACAAGAAUGAUAAUAGUAAUAUAUUGCCAAGUCAACCUUUUAAUUUGGGUUCCCAUCAAUUUUUUGCUUAAAGUAAUUAUACAUUAUUAUUAUUAUUAUAGUGAUAUUAAUUAAUUAGUAAAACAUUUGUUGUUGGAAGCCAAAGAUGCAAAAGAUUUGCGAGAUCUUGAUCCCAUGCAUACUAGUAUUAGACGGUAAUAUAGAAACGGAGGGUUGGAGUUGUCAAAGCGCACACAUGCAUGAACCUUAUCAGCCUAUCUUGGAAUUGGAAUCAAGUACUAUAUAUUUAAUCUAAUUUAAUUUAUGUGUAAAAAAACUUACAACACACACAAGUUAGUUAACUACUAAUAAUGUUGGGGAUGGUGAUGGCUUAUCAUCUUGCCAAAUCGAGACAAUAGUAAAAUUAAAGAUAUGAUAUAUUCUUAGUAAAGAAAAUAUAGAUCUUAAAUUGCCUAGACUUUGGGACAUAUUAAUAUAUCGUAAUCCUUAAAGGUUAAAAACUAGAUCUUAAUUAUAUAAAUCUCAUACACUAAGAUACAUUUAAUUAGAAACAAUAAUCGACGGUCAUGAUUCGUCAAAAUAUACACAACAAAUUAUGCAUCAUCUUUGUGUUUAGGAUCUAUGAUUUAGAUAAUUAAGACAUAAGGUUCAGUCAUCAAGGGUUAUGGUAUAAUAUGAUUUUCAAAAUUUUGGUUCAUCCGAGGUCUAGAUAGUGUUUUCUUACCAAAGAUAUGUGAUGCCCUAGAUUUACUCUGUUGUACGCUAAAAGUCAGCAUGACAAUUUUGAAUAGACCAACAACAAUUUUGACCCACUCAUAUUGUUCCUAAAAGUUGGACAUUCAAAUUCAAUCAAAAUAACAUAGUACAACAUAUAUGUAUAUAAUAUAUUGGUUAAUUGGUUUGAGUGAUUAACAUGUUCUUUAACGCAUCAAAUCAUCUAAAUUAAACUAGCCGGGAAUUUCAAUCAAGUAAAUCCAAUUAACCAAAUAAAAUGCUUAGCAUGAGUUUUCAUAUGUUUGAAUGGAAAGCAAUAAUAGUUUUGGUAUAUGAAACCUAAACAUGAAAUCCAAAGUGAAAAGUGGCAAUGGUUCAAAAUUGUAGCAUGUAACAAAAUGGUAACAAAAAGGUUUAAAACGU